AUUUUUUGUUUUUCCAUCCGCUACGACAAUUUUUGCAUGGCACGGCUUCCGUCUGUAUCCGGUUGCAAAAGCUCGCGUUUGGAUUGUUCAGUUACGCGAACAUUCUACAUUUGCAAUAUAGAACCAUUUUGUAGAACAUCAAGCCACAAAUGUCUUCAGACGCACUGAAGAAGCGAAAAUCGAAGGUUCUUCGCAAUGAAGCAGGCCCUCCUGAGGUGAAGCGAGGCAGAGGCGACGGAGAUCAGCAGGAUGUACGUGUCUACAAUGAGGAAGUUGAAUUUGAGAGCAGGAACCCAGAGCAGGACUUCCUCCAGUAUAAAGAGUCUUGUGAAAAUUUGACCAAACUAAUGAGGGAAAUUCAGGAGCUCAAAGCCAAUGGCGCCAAGGAGGGGUCAGCUGAAGUUGAACGGAGACGCUUGCAGAGCUGCAUCCACUUCAUGACAUUGAAAAAACUCAACCGUCUGGCUCACAUGAGACUGAAGAGAGGCAGGGAUCAAACACAUGAGGCAAAACAGAAAGUGGAUGUGCUGCACCUCCAGUUGCAGAAUCUCUUAUAUGAAGUUUUGCAUCUUCAGAAAGAAAUCAGCAAAUGUUUGGAGUUCAAGUCUAAACAUGAGGAAAUUGACCUGGUGACCGAAGAAGAGUUUUACCAAGAUGCACCUCAGGAGAUUUCCAGGCCACAACUUACAAAAAAUGAUCCUCAUCAGCUGACACUGGCACGAUUAGACUGGGAGCUUGAACAGAGGAAAAGGUUAGCAGAGCAAUACAAAGAGUCUCAGGCAAUGAAGGAGAAGAUCCAGAAGAGUAUUGAGGUCAAAAAGGAACAUCUGAGGAGCUUGCAGCCCGGCUUGAAUGCCAUUAUGCAGGCCUCUCUCCCAGUGCAAGAUUACCUCUCCAUGCCUGUUGAACAAACACAGAAACAAACCGAGGUUGCUCAGCAUCUGCCGCCGCCACUCUAUGUCCUUUUCGUUCAAGCUAAUGCAUACGGACAGGCUUGUGACAAAAACCUGAGCAUUUCAAUCAGGGGGGAUGUUGAUGAGGCCAAGGCUUUGUCCAAACCUCCAGAGGAUUCUCAGGAUGAUGAGAGUGACUCUGACGCAGAGGAAGAGCAGGAAAAAACAAAAAGGAGAAGGCCAACCGCUGGCGGCCAGCUUGACGACAAGAGACGAGAGAUGCUGAAGUGGCACCCACUGUCCCUCUCUUUUGACCUGAUGUGCAAAGAUGGAAGUGUCCUCCAUCUUUUCUUCUACUACCUGAUGAAUCUCAACAUUAUGACCGUCAAGGCUAAGGUGUCUGCAUCCACAGACCUCACCACAGCCAUAAGUGCAGGGGAGCUGGUCAAAUCUGAUACACUUCUAAGCUGUCUGUACGCCAAUGAUCAUGGCAGAGAAACACCCAAUCCAGCCAACCGCUAUCAGUUUGAUAAAAUUGGGAUUGUUUCUUUUGCUGACUAUGUGGAGGAGCUCGGUCAUCCGUACAAGUGGGUUCAGAAUCUCGGGGGGCUACAUUUUCCCAGUGAUUCCUCAGAGAGUGCACUCAUGGGCAGUUCUUUGAGUGCAAGCCAUAUGGAGAACACCAUUAAGCUCCUGAGGGGACGGAUCCUGUCCCGCUUGGCCUUGCAAAAGCAGUUUGCCUCACUAGAGCACAGCAUCAUCCCCAUCACCAGUGAGUGUUUGCAUCUCUUUCCUGCCAAGAUACUUUCCCGUUUAACUUGUUGGACCACCAUCACGUAUGAGGAUUACAUGGCCCUGCCAUAUACUCGUCACGUGACUGAUGCUGGUCUGGCAAGAGAGACUGACAUGUACUUUUCUGGAGAGGUGGAGAGAGGAACAGCUCGUCUCCAGGCUGCGGUGGUGCUUAAUCCCCGUUACCCAGAAAUCUGUCCUGUCUUUUCCCUCUUGCUCAACUGGAAGGGCGAGCGCAGCGGGCGCACUGAUGACAACCUUCGGGCCAUGGAAAGCGAAGUGAAUGUAUUCAAAAACGAACUGCAAGGCCCACGUCCCGGCCAUCAGCUCCUGACCAAUCAGAUUGCACGCUUGUGUGUCAUACUGGAUGUCUACCUGGAGACUGAAGAACAAGAUGAUGGCGUGGAGGGGCCACGCGAGUUUCCCCGUGAAAAGAUGUGCUUGCGUACUGUAAGGGGUCCAAAUCGUUUGAAGCCAUUCAAAUACAACCAUCCUCUGGGCCUCUUCAGUCAUCGCUAAAAGAGGGCUUGUGAGUCCCCAUCACUAGCAUUUAGUUCUCAUGGCUAUUCGAAGUACUUUAGACACAUUCUAGACAUUAAUUUUUCCAAUGGUUUACAAAUAAAUAAAGAAAUGGUUUUGGGAUG